AUGUACGACAACAGGAGAAGAAGUGACAUCAUCCAUGAUGCUUUCACUCUCAAUCCUCUACCAUAUCCAGUUCUCUUCAUCUUUGCAGUGAUAUCGUUCUUCUUCUGGAUAUCUUGGUACUUGCACCAUGAAGACAUUGUGGAGACUGCUGAGAAAGAAGUGAGUUGGCUCAUCGUGGUUGUACCAUUAGUGCUGAUAGCCAUGGUUCGUUGGCUCAUGACACCGUGGGACAGGAGCCGGAGAGCACAGCAGCAGCCAUCAGAAGGGAGCUCUCCAUGGGGUGUGGCUGCUUUCAUUGUAUUGCUUCUUGUUUUGGUGCGGUUUCAAUCUACCUUUCUUGAUAACUGGCUUUUUUGA